CUUUCUUACAGUUUUUUCAUGCUUGUAUUCUGCACAAAAGAAUUUGUAUGAUGUAGGUAUGGUUGUUUGUUUUUCUGUACAUUUUCUAUAUGAUUAUUGGUAUAGAGGUCUUUGUUUCUAUGCUUUUCCUUUCGCUUUGUGUUGGUUGAUGUGGUGCAAUCUUAAGUGAUUUGAGAUUAUGUAGUUUUAGUGCCAUAAAUACUGUAGUAAGAUAGGACCUAGAUGAGAACCUUUCUUUUGGACUUUGCAGGUUUUGCUUUUGCUAUCUGACCUCCGUCUGUAUCAGUUUUGUGCAUGAUUCUGAUGUUUUCUGUAGUUUGUCUUGGUUAUUAGUCACUAAAUUUCUCUUAAAUAAGUGGUCAGAUAUAUUGGGAUGAAGUUUCUUUCUUAGUCUAGUAUUAUGCUGCCCCAAACAUGACAGGCUUUGUUGUGUGGAUUUUCCCGGAAAUUAUUCCUCUUGUUGGUGCUUGAUUCAAGAAUAGGCAAACUUGGGGCAGGAUUCUUCUUACUCGCCUGAUGAUAAUUCAGGCUUGACCAUCACCUUAAAGGCAAUAAUUGAGGGGUGCCCUGAAAAUUUUACUCUAUGAGUGCUGAGUUAGUUCUAGACGAAGUGAAACCAAAUGAGGUAUCUAAGAGGAGAAUUUACUCCAUGCUUCUCACUUCUUUUGAUGGUUCAAUAUUCUGGCAAACACCCACGUUCGUGCUGCGUCAAUUUGGUUACCCUUUAACCUACGGUCUGUGUUUAAACACCCAUGAUCGUGCUGUGUCACUGGCCUUCCAAGUUCAAAAUGGUUUUGAGCUAAUAACUCACGAUAAGUGCGAUUAUAUUCUUGUGUUUCAUGUUUACAUGUACACAUCUUCCUAGUAUAUAAAAUCACCUAUUGAGUUUACUGUGUGAUCUCUGUACCAGCCUUGAAUAGUCCAUAGAUUUCUGGAUACUAGGUUUGAAACAUUGGGAAGAAAUGUUCAUGCAACUCAAGCUUUGCCUUGCUGUUAGAUUCUUUCUCUUGAACUUCCCUCUUUCAGCCUGAUGUUAAGUUAUAUUACAAUUCUAUGGCCUCCAGCAUAAGAAUUUGUUAACGUGAUUAAUAUUGAUCGCCAAAGUAGUGAUGUUGAUCUGUGUUGCCUUUUUGAUCAUUUUUUGACAUGAGUUACAAAAUCAUACUGUGUUUUUUUAUCUGUGCCAUAAAGUUUCACAACUGUAGUACUACAACUUUAGAUUCAUAUUCCAUUGCCUUCUUUUUAUUUUUAAAAAUUAAAUAUGUAACAAAACACUGUAGUAUUUUUAUUUGUUUUUUUCUUCUCCUUUUAAUCAGAGAUCAUUUGAUUUUGUUAACAAAUUCUAGAACUGCAACAAAACUAUACUCUCAUCGCUUAGUGUUUUCUCUUUUUACAGACUAUGAAAUAAUAGAAUAAGAUAAUUUAUGGUAAGAAAUAUUAGUCAAUAUAAAUUUGUUUAAAAAACUUUGGCAACUUUUUGCAUUGUACAACCAGAGAGCUUCUAGUGUGUUUAUCUGUUGUUCUUUGUGGUGGUUUACUUGAUAAAGAUCGUCGUGGAAUAUCUGUAAUGCAAGUCUUUUCCUCAUUUUGUAUCACUUUGGUAUUUACUCUCAAUGCAGGAAGAUGACUUGGGAAAUGCUGAAGAACCUGGAUGUAAAAAUGUAGAUGGAAUUGUACGUCCAAGUGAAAAAGCUUCUGUUAAACCAGUUUCAUCAUCAAACAGCAAAUCGAAGAAGAAGAAAAAGAAGAAAACCAAGGAAAAAUUACCAACUAAUCCUGAAGAUCUUGCAGAAUCAGAUGAGAUGACAUUGGAGAAUUUAUCAAUUGAAGAAGUUUCUUCCAAACAUGAGCAUGCUGCUUCAUCUUCAAAAUUAGCCAAGCUUUCGAAUUCAAACAAGGGUAGUUUGGGGAAAAAGUUAAAAUCCUCCAUUCUACAAGUGGAUCCCAAAUUUCUUAUUGCAGAGAAUGAGUUGCGAAGGAUCUUUGGUUCUAAGGUUGUGAAAUCAUUUGAAAGAGGUCAACACAGUGGAAAUUCUAGGCAUUCCAUUGCUGGUAGAAGAGCAGGAAGCCACAGUCAUAGGAAGACUAUUCUUGUUUCAGCAUCUGAACACUGGCCUCGUUGGGAUGGAUCAUUUUCUAUGGAACUUUUGGAAAGUAGUAAAGGGGUCAAUUAUUUCAGGUAUGUACAUUCACCAGCAUAUAGCCAAUCUCAGAGAGCAUUUGAAGCUGCCAAGGCAAUUCAUGAUUUGAAUGGUGUCACGAGCAUUUUGUUACACCAUCCUUAUCAUAUAGAUUCGCUUAUCACUAUAGCAGAAUACUUCAAAUUUUCUGGAGAACAUCAAAUGGCCGCAGAUGCAAUUGCAAAGUGCCUGUAUGCCUUAGAAUGUGCUUGGCAUCCAAUGUUCUCCCCUUUGCAGGGGAAUUGUCAAUUGAAACAUAGCCAUGACACCAACAAGCCACUCUUCACUACUCUGUUUACACAUAUGAAGAACAUGGAUAGGCGUGGUUGUCAUCGCUCUGCGCUUGAGAUUUGCAAAUUACUCCUCUCUCUAGAUUCAGAUGAUCCAGUGGGGGCCCUUUUCUGCAUCGACUACUAUGCUCUUAGAGCAGAGGAGCAUUUAUGGCUAGAACAAUUUUCUGAAGAAUAUGAAAGUGAAAACUCCCUAUGGUUAUUUCCAAAUUUUUCAUAUUCCCUAGCCAUUUGUAGGUAUUACCUUGAACAGAAGGAACACACUGAAAAUACAGAAAAAAGAUCUGAGAAAGCUUCGUCCGAAGAUCUUAUGAAACAGGCCUUGAUGCUUCAUCCUUCAGUAUUGAAAAAGUUAGUGGCUAAGGUUCCUUUAAAAGAUCAGGCGUGGACACGUAUACUUGAGAAUAGUUAUUUUAGAUCCGAGCAAUCAGGAAGCCCAUCAUUGGAUCACUUGAUCAAUUUGUACGUUGAAAGGAGUUAUCUUAUAUGGAGGCUACCUGAGCUGCAAAAGCUUCUGCGUGACUCUGCUCAUGCAGUAAUUGCAAAUCUGAAAGACAACAAAAAUGAUGCAAAGGAUUGGACCUGUGUCAGAAAAGAGGCGUUCUCUUCUGGGAAAAACGAGUACAGUCAUCUUAUGCUGUCAGAUUUCUCUGAUUCCGUGCCGACUUUACCACCUGAAGUGUUGCAGAAUUUUAUGGUUGAUCCAGGGAUGAGAGGUGGCCAGGAAAAUGAAGGUCAAGUUAUGGCACAACCUGCUCCUGUGCGUGUUCCCCGGGAUUUGACGAACCGAAAUCCUAUUGUUGUACUACUUGAGUCUCUGUUACCCUGGGCAGAUUAUGGAGAAGGAGGUGCUGAACAUGCCCAGAAUGACAACAAUGACCAGGCACAUUGAGUUUGAUAUUUGAGUUGUAGGUUCAGUUUUACAUCUUCUCAUGACCAGGUUUAUAUCAGUUUUGUAUACGAAUAAUUUUCCAUUGCUGGCUAUUUUACACAGCCUCAAGAUAUAACGUCCUCUAUUUGGACUGCCGCACGUGUAUUGUUGUGCAGUAUCCUGCAAUUUCUUCGACGUUUAAUUCUGCACUUCCUUUCUGCUCCUUAACUUGUAGCACUUUUGGGAGGCCAUUUUUGUUUUAAGGAAAAGAGUCAAAGACACACAUUCCAGUUCUAUGCAUACAGAGGUAGCAAUUCCAA